AUGGCUGUCGUGGCGAAAUCUAGUCAUCGCAUUCUUUGCUACAUUUCUCCUGCUUUACGCGAUUCACCUGUUCGUGUGGGACAGUUCAUGGGGAUGCGAUCGCCUACCGCUAGUAUCUGCGGCCAACUGCUGGUGGGCCGAGCCCAAGAGCGUGCAGUCACACUUCAUCUACCGGCCAACUGCUGGUGGGCCGAGCCCAAGAGCGUGCAGUCGCACUUCAUCUACGUCUACGAGCUUCCCAGGCGCUUCAACGUUGACCUCUCAGACCGCCUCACCUCGCACCACCUCUCCGAUUUCCAUCUCGACAACCUGCUGUUCAGGGCACUGCAGCGCUCCAACAUACAUCGCACAGUGGACCCCGAGGCCGCUUCCCUCUUCUUCCUCCCCGUGCUGCCCAUGCUGCACCUCGCCCUGCGCCUGCCCUCUCUUGAAGCCCCCUCCCUUGCGCUCGCUGCUGCAACAGCAGGGGGAGAGACGGCAGCACGGGGAAACGGGCUUGAGAUGUCGUUAGAGCACUGGGAGGCGCUGGCAGAUACAGGGCGUUAUGUGGGGGAGGCGUUAUUCAUCCUUUCUUUCGUCAACCCGGCUGUCCUCGGCUCUCUAUUCACCCUCCAGCCCUCCUCCUACCCAGACCUGCUCUUCCGUUCAGUCCUCCACCUCUCCCCCGCCGCCGCCGCUGCCGCUGCUGCCAGAAGGAUAGCCGCAGCCGGCAGCAAGCAGUUGACUGCUGCCGGCCGGUUGAAAGCUGCCCUAGCAGGGAAGAAACGGCGGGGGGCGGAGCAGGAAGGGGUGGGGGAAGGAGACGGGAAGCAGCAGGGGCGUGUAGGGAACAGGCAGCAGAAAUUGCAACAGCAGCAGAAAUUGCAGCAGAUAGGGAGGAAGGAGAAGAGAAGGGGUGGUGGUGGAGAGGUGGCAGAGUCUGGGGGAGGAGGAGGGGUUAGAGGGAAGAAAGGUUGGGAUGGAGAGAGUGUAGGUGUGGGUUCAGGGGAAGGGGAGGGGCGUUUUGGGAGGUUGAGUGGGAAGAAGCAAGCUGUAGCUCUGGGGAUUGAUGAGUGGGGAUGGCACGAGGGGAGUGGGGAUGGCACGAAGGGAGUGCGGAUGGCACAAGGGGAGUGGAGAUGGUACGAGGGGAGUGGGAUGGCAUAA